ACCUCCAGUGAGCAUACCCAGUGUAGAGACGGUUGCUGGAGGCAUAGUGUUUGCUAGCUGGUGGAAACUAUAAAAAGGGGAACUUUCCUUGGAUCCCAUGGCUAUUCGAACAUUAUUAAGCCAAUAUCUUUCCAAGUCAUUUGCAAAGCUACACACUCACAAUCCACCUCGCUACUCAUCAGAGAUCAGACUACUAACUGGCGACAUGGAGGACUCGAGCCUAUUCAUGCAGUGGGCGAUGGACACGCUGCAACACGAGAACCCUGAAUCCGCCGCCGGCGUCGCCGCCGUGCACGGUGACUUCAGUGAGGCAACCUUCCCCUCGCUCAAAGCGCUCCGCGAGGCCUCGCAAGCAGCCGAAAUGGUCCAGGAGCUGAUCGCGGGCGCCGACGUCGUCCGCCAAGCGCCAAACAGCUGGAACUCCGGCGACACCACCGCGAAUUGCAACGUGCCCGCCGCGGGCUGGAACUUCGGCGGUGCCACCUCCACGCAGCAGCCUGGCAGGAACGGCAUGAUGGCGGAGGCCCCUGUCAUGGCCACACGCAGUCGUCUGCCGCCGCCGCCGCCGGAUCUGGUCUACGGACCUCCGCCAAUAACGAGGAGAGCCGGCCUAAAGAGCUUGGGAUCCAUGGCGGCGUCGUACGCCCAGGACCACAUCAUCGCGGAGCGGAAGCGGCGAGAGAAGAUCAACCAGCGAUUCAUCGAGCUCUCCACUGUUAUCCCAGGCCUCAAGAAGAUGGACAAGGCAACGAUCCUUUUGGACGCGACAAGGUACUUGAAGGAGCUCCAAGAGAAGCUAAAAGACCUGGAGGCUGGCAAGAGCACCGACACCGAGACCCUGGUGCUCGUCAAGAAGCCAUGCCUCCAUGCCGCGGCUGCGUGGGAUGGCGACGGUGGCUCCUCGCUGCCGGCGCCGCCAGCAGGCACACCGACGGCGAGGAAACGGCUGCCAGAGAUCGAGGUCAGGUUCUCGGAGUCGGAGAAGAGCGUGGUCAUGAGGGUCCACUGUGAGAACAGGAAGGGGGUGGUCGUCAACGUGCUCACCGAGGUUGAGGAGCUCCACCUCAGAAGCAUCCACGCCAAUGUUAUGCCAUUCACGGCUUGCACUUGCAUCAUAACCAUCACGGCAAAGGUGGAGGAGGGGUUCACCGUAACUACCGAGGAGAUCGUUGGCAGACUCAACUCUGCAUUAUCACUGCAUGCAGCACCAGCCUAGCAGCUGCAACAACGGCAGCACUGAAAGAACAGAGGACUACAGAAGCACUGUUUGCGUGUGUAUACACACAACGGUAUUACGAGUGUAUUUAUAUGUCGUUUGUUUAAUUUGGUUAAAAUUUACGGCUUGAGUUUCACAUAUAUAGGGACGUAGCGUGCAUGCGAUUAUAAGAUUAUUAACCAUCGAUCACAUCGCAUGCACAGUGUAAAUUGGUCAUGUGCUAUGCAGACACACUACUUUUUUUUUUUAGAUUACGGAAUAAAACAUGCAUU